ACGCAGUGACGUCAUCGUAAACAAACAUGGCAGACUUACUCAUCAAAAAAUUGACAGCUGAGGAUUUUAACGCUGAAAGAUAUGUGCAGGACCUCAGCCAGAGCAGUGUUGGGGGGCUGGAGUUACAGCAGCAGAGGCAGAAGAUCCACCACCUGGCCGAGGACACCAACGCCCAACUCAAGAAAAAUGUGUAUAUGAACUACAUGCAGUUUAUUGACACAGCUAAGGAAAUUUCAUAUUUAGAGAGUGAGAUGUACCAGUUGUCCCACCUUAUUACUGAACAGAAAUCCCUUUUGACGUCUUUACUGGAAUUGUCAAUAACAGGUGACAGAGGGCCAGGGAGUGCAGCCCAGGAGAUGAUCGAAGUGAACCCGCAGGAGAUCAGACAGAAGCGGGAGAGAGAAAACAGAAAGAAGCUCACGGGACUUUUGGAGAAAAUUGAAGGCUGUUCGCACGUUAUGGAGGUGGAAGAUCGUUAUCUAGUCUAUGACGGAGACCUUGUGGAACUCAACCAGGACGACUACACGGCUAUGCAGAGAGUCCACGCGUACCUGUUGAACGAUUCCUUGAUGAUUGCGGCAUGGCUAAGCGACAGGCGGGGUCCAGUGCGUUACAGGUUCGAGGUGCUCUACCCCCUAGACCAGGUCUUACCAGUCAACAUUAAGGACCGCGGGACAACGAAGAAUGCUUUCAAGGUCCUCAUUUUCCCAGAUACUCGAGUAUUUAUGGCCCCAGAUGCUAAGUCAAAGCAAGACUGGCUAGAUGAAAUAGAGCGCACCAAGGCCAACAAGGUCACAGUAGACAAGCAGAAGGUGGAACGAGCUCAGCAGCAGCAGAAGGAACGGCACCAGAGUCUAAGCAAGGAGGAUUCGCUGGAAAGUAACAAUCCCUUUGCAGACGACGACGACAGCUUGAACCCUUUCCAGGAGAUACAGCCACCUUCUGUAGGUCCCCCUGAGUGGGUCCUAGAGCUGCCUGAGGAACUAGACCAAGCCAUUGCCCAGAGGAACUUUGAGGAUGCUGUCAGCCUCAUAGACAGCGGCCGUGAGUUCUUUGACUCGGCACCCAAGACUCCAGCUUAUAAUGAGAUGAGACGAGCCCUGGAAGGUAGGGUGCGCAGUCUGGUGGAGGUGCUACAGGGGGAGUUGCGCGUAACCCCAGAGAAGAGUUUACAGGGAGGUCCUCGUGCAGCUCGAAGGGCAACCACGCUGUUAGUGCAUCUCAACAAAUCAAGUCAGGCCUGCGAUUUGUUCCUUGGUCAUCGUGGGGCCAUACUGAAGGCAGGACUCAAGAGGCUGCGAUUAGAGGGCAAGACGGUGCUUUAUGUCCGACAGCUUUGCUCCAUCUUCUUCCACAAUCUGCUGGAAACGGGACGCGAGUUCACCAAAGCCUUCCCAGCCAACCGUAGCUGUACUUCAGCAUUCGUAGUGUGGGCUCACAAUGAAGUGUCAAAUUUCGCCUCCAUGUUCUCUCGCCAUGUGUUUACAACCCAGUCCACCAUCACCACGGUUGCUGAAUGUAUUAGUCGUGCUGAUUACCACUGCCAGCAGCUGGCAGACAUAGGAUUAGACCUGACGUUUGCAUUACACACCCUCCUGCUGCGGGAUGUGGAGAAGUGGAUCCGUGACGGUAGAGAUAAGAUGGUGGAGGCCGUCAAGUUGAGGGGACAGGAAGACACAUGGAAGACCCUCAAGUAUGAGAACAAGGACCAGCUCAAUAAAUUUAUCGAGGACAUGAACGACAUUGGUAUUGCCAACAUACAGACUUAUGUGACAGAUGAACUUUCUGUUGGAUUGACAAACAACAGCAUCCAGUUCAGCCGUGCUUUCCUGGGCUACCUAGAGGACGUCCUACGCCUCUUUUGGCCUGAAACGGAACACCUCAUUAACGAGUCUCUAACAGCGCUCUUUUCUGCACAGCUCCGCCACUGCAAGGCAUCGCUGGAGGAGACGCUCUUCAAGAAUGAAGUACCAAACAUCCGACGGAACAGUGCCUUCUUACUGGACGUGGUGUUGACGCUUGCCGAGCACAGAUACGCAGAGGCAGUGGGUCAUGCACAUCCAACUCUGCCUGGUCUGCAUGGGCAUUAUGUGGCUCUAACAGGCCAAGCGGUCAAUGCGCCAACUAUUAGUAAAUACGAAUCAAACUUCAUUUAAAUUUUUUCGAGCAUCAGUUUUCCCUCGACUUUUUUUUUUCUCUCGCUCUAUCUUUUUAGUUUACUUUCUUUUUCUUGCUCUAGCUCUAUCUUUUUAGUUUACUUUCUUUCUUUUUCUUGCUCUUUAUUCUUUUUCUUUCACUUUUCUUUUUUUAAUUCCUAAAGACCAAACUUUCCAUACCUGUGUAAGUGAACAUAAAUGCAUAACUUUAUUACAGAGUAUAGAUAUAUUAUCUACAAGAGUAUUGUAUAAAUUGCGCCUUGUGCUGGUUCAAUAAACCUUCAAAAAAUUA